AUGAUCAGAGGACUCAAACAACAGCUUCGUAAUAUAUCUAUCUCUGCCAAUCCGGAGUUCAAGGCCCCCUUCAUUCCGUUAACUUCGGAAAACGGGAUCUCCAACGCAAUCGGUAACACUCCUUUACUUAAAUUACCAACGAUUUCAAAAGAAAUUGGUCGUAAUAUUUAUGCUAAAGCAGAAUUUAUGAAUCCCGGAGGAUCAAUCAAAGAUCGUGCUGCAUUGUUUAUAAUCAAGGAUGCUGAAGCCAAAGGAUUAAUCAAACCAGGUGGAACUAUUAUUGAAGGAACUGCUGGUAAUACUGGGAUUGGAUUAGCUCAUGUUUGUAGAUCAAGAGGAUAUGACUGUAUUAUUUAUAUGCCAAACACUCAAUCUAAAUCCAAGAUUGAAACUUUGAAAUUAUUAGGAGCAAAAGUUUUCCCAGUACCAGCAGUUCCUUAUGACAAUCCUGAUAAUUAUAAUCAUCAAGCUAAAAGACAUGCAGAACAAUUAGAAAAUAGUGUUUGGACAAAUCAAUUUGAUAAUAUUGCUAAUAGACAGGCUCAUAUUGAAACUACUGGUCCAGAAAUAUGGGCUCAAUUAAAUGGGAAAGUUGAUGCUUGGACUUGUUCAACUGGUACUGGAGGUACAUUUGCCGGGGUGACUAGAUAUCUUAAAACAAUUUCAAAUAAUAAAACUCAAUGUGUUUUAGCUGAUCCUCCAGGAAGUGUAUUACAUUCAUAUAUUGAAUCUGGAGGUAAGGAUUUACAAAGAGGUGGCUCUUCAUUUACUGAAGGAAUCGGUCAAGGUAGAAUUACCGAAAAUUUAAAACCAGAUUUACAUUUAAUUGAUUAUAGUAUCAAAAUUGAAGAUUCAAAAUCAAUUGAAAUGUUGUAUAAAUUAUUAGAUCAGGAAGGAUUAUAUUUAGGUGGUACUGGUGCAUUAAAUGUUGUUGCAGCAAUUGAAGUUGCUAAAUCAUUACCAGAAAAUUCAAAUGUCGUUACUCUUUUAGCUGAUAGUGCACAUAAAUAUAGCGAUCGUAUUUUCAGUAAAAAAUGGUUGAUUGAAAAAAAUCUCUUCAAUUCAAUUCCUUCUCACUUACAAAAAUACGCUAUUCUCGAUUAA